AUGAGACUUGAUUGGGAAGCAAUAUUCUCUUCAACCCUUAGGAGGCCAUUCCAUGUCCUCACCAUAACUCUCCUUAGCCUCUUGCUUCCCCUCUCCUUCCUCCUCCUUGCUAGGCUCUCAUAUGCCAACUUCUCCUCCUCUCUGUACUCUUACCAGCCCCCACAAGUCACCUUCCCCCUCUCCCUUUUCUUCCAUCCCAGAAACCUGAACCCCAUCCAUGCCGCCGUCACCUUCAUUAGCCUCUCCACCCUUCUGCACGGCCUGACUGGCCGGAACUCUAUCCUGGCAGAGUCGCCUGCCAGUGGCGUGCAGUCGUCCAAGUUGUACCUAGCUUGGGCCCUGCUAUGCAUGCUGCAGGUCUCGGUCGGGCUUGGAGUCGAGGGCAGCAUAGCAUCAGGGAUCGGGGGCUUCCCCAGCCUCGACCCCGGGAGGAGCCUGAUGAGCAGGAUGUUCUUCUUCCUAGGGCUACAUGGUACGAUGAUGCACUGGUGCUCGGCAGUGGUCAGGCCGGUUGUGGAUGACACGGUCUACGGGGCGCCCGAGGGCCAGCAAUGGCCGGAGAAGUUGGCUGUGGCGGCUGCAUAUGGGGCGCUGUGGUGGUGUACGCUGAGAGAUGAGGUGGAGGCCAUGGUCAUUGUGCCUCAGGUCAAGAAGGAGCUACUGAUGGGAGUUGGGAUGGUUGACUUUGUGGGGUGGUGGCUCUAUUACUUGGUUGUCACCAUUGGGAUGGUUAGGGUUGUGAAGGGGAUGAUGUGGGCUGCCACCCUUUUGCUUUGUUGGAGGGUAAGACACAAGUUUGGUGCCUCCAAUGAUGAGCAAGACAUGGUCUAA